AUGGAGAAGAACAUUAAGUUUCCAGUUGUAGACUUGUCCAAGCUCAAUGGUGAAGAGAGAGACCAAACCAUGGCUUUAAUCAACGAUGCUUGUGAGAAUUGGGGCUUCUUUGAGUUAGUGAAUCAUGGUUUACCACAUGACCUAAUGGACAACGUCGAGAAGUUGACGAAGGAGCAUUACAAGAAAUCUAUGGAACAAAAGUUCAACGACAUGCUCAAGUCCAAAGGUUUGGAUACUCUCGACACAGAAGUUGAGGAUGUCGAUUGGGAAAGCACUUUCUACCUUCGUCACCUUCCUAAAUCCAAUCUCUACGACGUUCCUGAUAUGUCUGAUGAAUACAGGACGGCCAUGAAAGACUUUGGUCCAACCUUUGGGACAAAAGUGAGCAACUAUCCAUCUUGUCCUAAACCGGAGAUGAUCAAAGGUCUUAGGGCCCACACUGAUGCAGGAGGCCUCAUCUUGUUGUUUCAAGACGACAAGGUCAGUGGUCUCCAGCUUCUUAAAGACGGUGAUUGGGUCGAUGUUCCUCCACUCAACUACUCCAUUGUCAUUAAUCUUGGUGACCAACUUGAGGUGAUAACCAACGGCAGGUACAAGAGUGUGAUGCACCGUGUGGUGACUCAAAAAGAAGGAAACAGAAUGUCGAUUGCAUCGUUCUACAAUCCAGGAAGUGAUGCUGAGAUCUCUCCCGCUACAUCGCUUGUCGGAAAAGAAAACGAGUACCCGAGUUUUGUCUUUGAUGACUACAUGAAGCUCUACGCUGGUGUCAAGUUUCAGGCUAAGGAGCCACGUUUUGAGGCAAUGAAGAAUGCUUCCGCGGCUACAGAAUUGAAGCCAACAGCAGCCGUUGAGACUUUCUAA